CCCUCCGUAAAAACCGCCUCCACCGACCGCACCAUCAAACCCCUCCACCAAAAAUCCCCUUCCGCGAACCUCACCCCCGAAGAACACCUCGACAUCGGCAUCUCCUGCCACGACGCAGGCCACACCACGAAAUCCACCUACCACCUCCGUCUCGCCGCCCACGCGGGCCUCCCCACCGCUAUGCUGCUCUACGCCCUCGCCUGCCGCCACGGCUGGGGCAUGCGCGCCAACCAAGAAGAAGGCGUCAAGUGGUUACGAAAAGCAAUCGACAGUUCUUCCCUCUCCGUCCUCUCCGCUCCUGAUUCCACUACGACCCGCGACGGCACACCUCUCGACCCGACGGAAAGGAAGAACCGCAAAGCACAGUACGCGCUCGCGAUUUACGAGUUGGGGAAUAGUUCCAUGCACGGCUGGGGCUGCGCGAAGGAUAAACAAUUAGCCUUACGAUGCUAUGAAAUCGCGGGGGAGUGGGGUGAUGCGGAUGCUCUUGCGGAGGCCGGGAGGUGUUGGACGGAAGGAGUGGGGUGUCGGAAGGAUGUGAGGAAAGGGGCGGGAUUUUUGAGACGGGCGGAGAGGGGUGGGUGGAGGGGUGUGGGGGUCAGUUGGAUUUAUAAGGAGAAGUAUAUG